UUAAUUUUGAUGUCAAUUUCAUGUUUUUCGUCCCCGAUUGAAAUCUAGGGUUCAUAUUUAUCGAUCUAUCUCAGGGCUUUCCAGAUCUGUAAAUUAUCAAAGGGCUUUCUCUUGAUUUGUAUAGAUUUGAUCAAUUCUUAUCCAAUUCAUACUUGAUUUGGUUGAUUUUUGGGUAGGCUGGAAUCUAAGGUUAGGGUUUCUUCUGAUUUGGGGAUUUUCGGUUUUGUUCCAACUUAAGCUUCUAAAGGCUUAAAAUUCCUAUUGAACAUCCCUAGUUUAAGUCUUCUGGUGGCGUUCUAGUUUGGUUCUAUCCCUAGUGAAGUUGGCCUGAAACCUUAUCCGAGCUUACUUGCUUAGAGAGGUUGAAAAUGGGAUUCAAACGCCCUUUUGAAGAUGAGAAAUUUCAUGAGCUCCCACUCAAACAUUCUAGACAACUUGGCUAUACCGAUAAGUCGACUCAGUUUGAAGAAGUUAGUCCUCACCAUGCUGCUUUCCAGAAAACUGUUGCCACGGUGAAUGAGGGAAAUCUUUGUAAGUCACAAGGCGGUGAAUCAUCUGAUGGUGAUAUGUUUGAUGAAGAGUCCAAUUUUGUUUACCCGGGUCAUGACAUGGAUGAUACUUUUACAUGGGAUACAAAAGGUUGUGGUGGAAGAGAUGCAACUUAUUCUCCCCAUUCUGGAAAGUAUUUUGAGCUAGAUAUACCUCCAAGAGUGUUUGCUCCUGUUGAGACUUUCUAUUCUUUCCUCCUGGAUCAGCCUGCUAGAAAGCAAGUGCCCAUUGGACCAGGUCAUCAAGCCGAAAUUCCUGAAUGGGAAGGCAGUCAGACUGGGAGCACAGAGCCCUCAGGCAUGUCGGUUCAAGAUCACAUUAGUAGAUGUGCUGAUGGUGAGAAGCUGUUUGGUACAUCUGUUAUUCCCAUGCCUGGUUUGACUACAUUUUCACAUAUGGAUGACUUAGUAGGGAAGGGUAGAAAGUUCUGUGUCUGCCGGGACAUGGGUUCUGUCAGGUGUGUGUGCCAGCACAUCAAAGAAGCUAGAGAAGAAUUAGUUAAGACGUUUGGAAAUGAGACAUUCAAAGACCUGGGCUUAUGUGAUAUGGGGGAAGAAGUUGCACGGAACUGGAGCGAUGAAGAUGCACAACUUUUUCAUGAGGUUGUUUAUUCCAAUCCUGUAACAUCGGGUCGGAACUUUUGGAAGCACUUGGAAGCUGCAUUUUGUUCCCGAACUCAGAAAGAGAUUGUUAGCUUCUACUUUAACGUUUUUGUCCUCGGAAGGAGAGCCAUCCAGAACAGAGCUUUUAUAUUGGACAUUGACAGUGAUGAUGAUGAAUGGCAUGGAUGUUAUGGGGGCUCUUCGGGUACUCCUUAUGUUGAAGAAGAUGAAGAAGACUCUGCUAUUGAGUCUCCUCUUCAUCAAGGGACUGAGAAAGUGUAUCCACUCCAUCAUGAAGAGGAUGAAGAAGAUGCCAGUAAUAGCGGCAAUGAUGAAGAUGAUGAUGCCUAUGUUGAUACUAGAGAAAGUGGCACUGGACUGUAUGACCAGCACAUGAUGAAUUCAACAGUUGAAUAUAUUGAUAGAUCUUCUGGGAACAAUGGGGAGAGGUUGAACUUGGAAGAUGACUCGUGCACGUCCUUUGAACUUGCACAUGAUGCAGUGAACUGUGGAAAGAAAGAUGAGACUGUUCCUGGAGAACAUCAGAAGAAGUGUAAUGAUCCAAUGGACACUAAAGUCUGGGCUGAUUCGAGAGAAGAAUCAAAUUUUCAAAUGGAGGAAGGGAAAGAGAAGUUGUUUAUGUGCAAGUACUGUCACAAGAAGUUUCCUUCUGGGAAAUCACUUGGAGGUCACAUUAGAAUUCAUACGAAUGAGAAUUCAGUUGGUUCUGAUCGUUACCAUGGCAAUAAGAAGAAGAAGAGGUUGGUGGAUCAGAGAAAGAUGAUGGCUCAGAAACAACAAGUUGGUUGCAGAGAAUGUGGUAAAGUGUUCGUUUCUUUGAAAGCUCUUAGAGGUCACAUGGCUUGUCAACACUGUGAGGGAAAGAAGAUGUUGAUGGAUAGCCAAUCUGAUACUGAGACUGAGACUGAGACUUCCUCAGCUCGUAUCAGGAAAAGAUCCAAGAGGGUGGUCAUGAAACGAUCCAAUUCUGAAUCUUUUAGUAAUGAGAGCUCGUCUUUUGUUUCUGAGAUUGACCAAGUAAGUAGGGAUGCGGCUUAUACUUUGUUUAUGUUGUCGAGUGAUUCUCGUAGUUGCAAGACAAGAUGUAACUUGGUGAUGAACUCUCUGGGUGAGUCAUCUGACAACAACUCUUCGGUUGUGGAAACUAAGUCAUCUUCAGGAGAUGAGCUAAAGAUCUUUAAUGUGAAGAAUCAAGUUUUAGAGACAGAUAAAGUUGGAGUAGAUGACCAAUUGAGAUCUGAUGAUGAUGAUGGUGUUAGUCUCUGUGAUUCAGAUGACUCUGAUUCUGAUUACUUCAUAAAUGGUCCAAGUAAGUCGGAUUCAGACAUUUCUGUUGACGAGAACACUGGAUUUGGAUCUAGAUUCAACAACUCAUUGAACAGAUUCAGGAAUAGUAAUGAGGGUGGAUCAAAGUAUGAGCUGAGCAAAAGCAAGAGAGCCUUGUUUUCUUAUGAAACUGGUUCAUGUGCAGACACAAACAACGAGAUUCAUCAUAGGUUCAGAGAUAGCAAAUCCUCAGUGUUCAAGAAAGAAAGUGGUGAGAAGAAGACAAGCAAAGGUCAUGAGUGUCCAAUUUGCUUCAAGAUGUUCAAAUCAGGCCAAGCUUUAGGUGGUCACAAGAGAUCACAUUCCAUUGCAAACCAAGUAGCUGAUACGCGUAACCAAAUCGAUCUCAAUCUUACUUAUUUGGAUACUGAUGAAUGAAUCAGAACCUGAAACUAGAACUCAUCCUCGGUUUUUUUCAUUCUCUCUGGUAUUCAUCCCCUCUUUUUGUUUGUUUGCUUGCUCCAGAUUUUAGAACUAGAUCAAAAGUUUUUUGAUUGUUCAUAUACAGUUGCUUAUCACUUAGAGCCAAUUCUUUUCUCUUUAUGAAUUCAAGUAUUGAUGUAUAUAUUAUCUUCAGCUUUUUAGGGACCUUUCAUGUUUCUUACUGAGAUUAAGAUACAUUCUUCUUGUCUUCAAAGAAAGCUGUCACUUUUUA